AUGUGUCUGCUCGUUUUUGCGACUUUAUUCGGAGUCCUUCUCGACGCAGGAGAUGCCCUUCAGAUCCAGUGCUACCAAUGUGAGGAGAUGAAGCACAAUGACUGCUCCACGCCGGAGUACAUCGUCAACUGCACCGUCAACGUACAGGACAUGUGUCAGAAGGAGGUGCUGGUCAAACCUGAUGGGAUACAUUAUCGGAAGUCUUGUGCGUCCUCUGGGGCCUGCCUCAUCGCCUCCUCCGGCUACCAGCAGUUCUGCACCGGCAGGCUGAACUCGGUGUGCAUCUCCUGCUGCAACACUCCGCUCUGCAACGGCCCCAAGAGGAAGCGGCCCGUCCCCUCGGCGGCGACGUCCAACCGGCCUCUUCUUCUUCUCCUCCUCCUCGUCUCGCUGGCCCUGAAGCUCCUGCCGCUGACGUAGACGGCCCUGCCACGUUUACGCUGUUCGUCCUGGGGCCCGAACAUGUGAUCGCUGAGCAGAUUCGGAACAACACCGCCGGCUUUCUAUCGUCUCAGCAUCACCAAAAAAAAAAACUGUGUGUAACGGCAUAACCGCUGAGACCGACUCUGGAAACCUGGAGAAGUGGAAGCGUACAGAGCUUUCUGAAUCAUUUAUUGCACUUGUUGCUAGAGAAGGACCAUGCAGUCUGCAGCUGAGGCAUCUCUCUUUGCUUUGUGUGAAGUGGAGCGCUUUUUUGUUUUUCAAGAAUCUGCUGUAUUUUCUGGUUACUACAUGCUGUAAAAGGUAGAAAUGAUCGUAGAAACUAAUAUUUUUGAAGCUUUUUUUUGUGGCCUUUUGUUGAUUUAUGACUUAAACCAGCACUUGUUGAUUUAAUUUCUUAAUCGUUGCCGUAGCUGUUGUUCCAUUUUUCUGAUUUCAAACUGAUUAGGAACACAAACUAUACCCGCUGCACUUUGCUGCAGGCGAAGGAUUCAAUUCGAAGGUCUCUGAGGUUUCUUGCAGCACAUUAUUCUGUCACUUUUAUGCAUAUUUUCCACUGCCAUACCGUAUUGAUUGACAUUUCUUCUACAGGGAAUACGAGCGAUGAUGAAAUGGUUUUUAGAAAAGCCUAUUUGAGUUAUUGCUUAUUUAUCCCGGAUCAUAAAAUCGGUUGAUUCCAUCACACGAAAGAGCUUAUUAGAAGUAUUAAGGAGACAAUAAUGCUCCGUAUAUUCCUAUGUGAGAAGAGAUAUCGAGUCGUCUUAGAGCUGAAUAACGUUUAUAUUACAUAGUGCUAUAUUAGGACAAGCACAAAUAAAUUCUCACUCGAGAGCCGCUUCAGGGUGAUGUCAUGUUCCCCUUUAUGUUCUGGAUUUGCAUGUAGCCACCGCUGUAGACCAAAUACUGUAUUUUAUAAGUGUCCAGGUGAGCGUUUUAGGGAAUUUGCACAUCCACAUCUCCCCUCUAAAUAAUUUACUAGUGUCACAAAGUUUGAUUUUACUGCUUGAAGUGGAUUCGUUUCUCCGGCUGUACAGUAUCGUGUUUCUGUGUGGUGUGGACGACGAAGGACUCAAACAGACGUUGCCUCACGCUGUUUUAUUCAGUAACAGUUCUCUAAGACGAGUGAUGGACGGCUCCAGGCAGAGAUCCGACAAGCGUUCCUGGCAGUUUUAUUUCUUCUUCUUUCUUUUUUUUUUGAUUGGUCUUCUGUGAAGAGUAACACUGUCUUCUGCUGAUGUGUGAUGUAAAUAAAUGUUGCAGAAAAACGGAGCUGUCGGUCGGCUGGAAGUGA